AUGGGAUAUGGCGAGAAGGCGGAUGUGUGGUCUUUUGGAUGCUGCGUCUACGAAAUGACUGAACUUCGUCACCUUCUAUUCACAAAUAUGCUUCCAUUGCCACAAAUGUCAGAGGGGAAAUACGCGCCGAUUGCUCCUGAUCGGAGCAAGUAA